AUGACCCAAAUCUCCCUCUACGCCGAGCACCUCCUCAACAUCCACACCGUCAGCCUAACCGCAACGCUCCAAACACUCUCCAACAAGGAGACCAAAGCCUCGCUCUCCGCAGACGGCGAGACCAUCUCGCUGACUCACGCGGGAGAAACAACCACCAUCCGCCUGCCCACCAAGCUAUCAGGCGGCAGCGACGCAGCGCUUACACUGCCUGCAGCGCCCGCGAAGGAACUUACACUCCGGCUGCAGCUUAAGGACACCAGCCCCGGACGCCUGAGGUCAGGCAGCUUCCAGGGAAGCGAGAACCACGUGCCAUGGUCCGCAGGCGCAUUAAACGGGCGGCAUGUCCGUGUUUACUGUGCGAGCAAGGGCUGUGGGCAGGAGCUGGUGAAGAGGGGCACGGUCGGGGAUGGUGGCUGGAAGGAUCUGCCGAAUGAGAAUUGGGCGGAGAUGAUGGAUUUCUGGCAUUGUCAUAAGCCGGAUCAUCGGCAUGGGCAUGGGGCUAGGGAUGGGGAGGGAAAGGGGUAUGCGGCGGCGAAUCGGCUGGUUGCGAGACGGGGGACGGGGUUUGUGGAUUUAGGGGGGUUAUUGCUGAAGGAGGAGGAUUGCUGCGUGAAGAGAAAUACUUCAGAUCAUGAAAGAAGUAAGCUGCAACAGUUGCUAUGCUUAGGGUGUGGCGGCCUUGUUGGCACUAUCGACGACCGAGUCGAGGGCUUUAAGCUCUGGAAAUGGGCUGUCGCUCUAAGCUUUGGGGAUGAGCCGCCGAAGCAAUAUAGUAUCCAGAAGUGGGUAUCUGCGCAGCUUCUUGCACUCGUUGAAAAUGAAGGCGUGAGAAAAUUUGUCGUCGGUGACGCAAGCGCGGAGGCCGAUGGCUCCAAAGAACGUUUGAUGCUAUGGGUCUUUACGCCCGACCUCAGUUUCUCGAGCUCUAAGGAACAGGAGACGCGGAAUGACCCGACCCGCGCGAUGAAGAUCCUCUGGAAAGAGGCCGUUGAGAAGGCGGAGAGCUCCUUCUCAAGCGAAGAGCUCGCCCUCCCUUCCCCAAUUUUUGGUGCUUUGCGAGCGGCGUUGGGGGGCAGCGCGGAGCUCCUUCCCGCAUCUGCAAGGAAGUUCCAGAACUGGCAAGUUGGCCUCCUAGAACGAUUUGGGGAUGAUGAGAGAUGA